AUGAAUGAUCAGGGCGAAGAACAUCAACCACUUGAUAUAGGGCUAUUACGUUAUUCCACUGAUGAAAUUGGCAUGCGCUCUGCUCCUAACACUAUGUCUGAUAAAAUAACAAAAGUCGCCAAGGAUGUACUUGUAGAACAGUCUAAUCCAGCAGAUAUAUAUCUAUACGAUCAGCCGCAAGAAGCUUUACGGCAAAAUGCACACAAACGGUCGCUAGAAACUCAACAAUCGUUGACGUCUACGACGAGUAACUAUGGUAAUGACAAAAAUACGACUGAUUAUACCAAUGAUACCAAUAACCGUAUUAAUAGUAAUAAUGAUAGUAAUAAUGAUAGCCCCCACGAUAUCAAUUACAAUAACAGUAGCAAUAACAAUAUGGAUGUACAAUCGAUGUUAACGCCAUUAAAGCAGCGAGAUCGGCACGAUUAUAGGGAAGAUCAUCAUAAACAACAGAAUUUGGGACCGGAUAAGGGACCUCCAAUUACAGCCUCACAUGAGUCUUCUAUACCUGCCAGUCAGGAAAUGCAAUCUGCAGACACACUCCUAACAAGGACGACUUUUGAUACUAGGGGAAGCAAUGAAGGAAAUGAUCCAACAGAACAACCGUUUUACGUGAAUGCUAAACAGUAUUAUAGAAUUUUGAAAAGACGAUAUACUAGGGCCAAGUUAGAGGAAAAUUUACGAAUAUCCAGAGAGAGGAGGCCAUAUCUGCAUGAAUCCAGACAUAAGCACGCUAUGAGAAGACCAAGAGGGCAGGGUGGUAGAUUCCUUACACUGGCCGAAAUUGAAGCAAUGAAAUUGAAAGAAGGUUCAGCAUCCUCUGGUUCAUCUGUUUCUUCUCCACCCAGCAUUAAGAGUGAAAGUGAACAUAUGGGACCAGGACCUCGUCUCAUAGAAAAACAGGGACCUAAGCCCAAAAAAUUGAAACCUGCUGAUGGCAGUCAUAGAUGA